AUCUCCACUCAGUGUGAACACAUUCCUCUUCAUCAACUCCAUAUUCAGCUUCAUCAGCUUCAUUAUCAUUUUCAUGAUAACGUCAUCAGCAGCAGCCUCAUCUUCAUCAUCUUCAUCAUGAAUCCAGGUCACCUGAGCCUCCUCUGCUUCCCCCUGCUGGUGUCAGCCUGUGUGCAGCUCUGUGGGGGGGCGGCCGUGGUGGACAUCCUGCCGGAGGUGGAUUGUGUUUCCGGUACAGAUUGUGUAGUUCGCUGCUUGGCUGAACAAGUCGAGGGUGUCGAGUACCGAGCGGUGAAGUGGUACCGACAGGUCAGAGAGUCUGCAUCUUCUCGAGUCAGCGGCCUUCUGACCCGGGACCUCCCCACUGGCACGACCAGGUACUACUCAGGUCUGGACCGGGAGGUGGAGCUGCUGGCCGAGUCCCGCAGCCUCCUCCUGCCCAACGUGACGUGUGGCGAUGGCGGCGUGUACACAUGUCACCUGGCAGCACCUGUGGGAGAGCAGAUCCAGGACGGAUGGGUCCUCCUCACUCUGACAGGUUGUCCCCGUGGUCCCACAGAAAAACUGACGACAGAUGAGUCCAUUAUUUUGGCCAUAGCAGUGCUGAUGGUCGCACUCGUAGCAUUCCUCAUAAGCUUCAUGUGUCUGAAGAACGUCCUCAGAGACAGAAACAUUAAAACUGUGAAGAAAGAAACGUUGUUGGACGCGACGCUCAAACCGCUGGAAAAGAAAGACCUGAUGCUGAUCUACACUCUGGGUCCCAAGCCGUCCUCCUCCUCGAUGAAGCACAUCUGUGUCUAAAGGACGAACUCACUACCUCCCUCUUCAUCCUCUUCAUCACACGUCCACAGUGGCUGCUACUUGUUUGUUAAGAUUGUGAUAUACUUUUAUGAUAAACUGUGGAUGUUGAGUAGUGGAUAAAAAUGUGAAUUUACAAGAUACAGGUCAUCUGUGUAAUUAGCAGCAGGAGAAAUCAGAGCCCUUUCAGCUGCAGGGAGUAACGAGGAGAGAAAAUGUUUUUCACACACUAUUUGUGAUUUCACUCUGUUUCUCCAUCGAGCCACGUCCCUGCUGUCUGCGCCUUCAUCUCAGGUCACCAGUUAAUUCAGGAGAAACGACUCACAUGAGACACUUUCCUGUUCUCUGUCCCCAAAGCUCCUCUUCUCAUGGUCUCCUGUUAUCUGGUUCGAUAUGAAAUGUUUCCAGGGGACACAAAAAGGUGAUGGACCUGCUGUGGUUCGAUGUUUGGUGCAUAGAUAUAUAUAUAUAAAGGGUUAGGACUUAUAUAUAUAUAUAUAUAUAUGUAUAUAUAUAUAUAUAUAUAUAUAUAUAUAUAUAUAUAUGGUUUGGUGAAGUUCGAUCACCACUGACCAUGGAACUACAGCAGGUCCGUCGUUUUAUUGUGUCCCCCGGAAACAUUUCCGGUGUUGUUUUCGCUACUUGCAGCGUCUGUCUGUGUUGACAUGUGUUGUCUCAGCUCUGUCGGCCAUCGUACUGUUCACUGUGGAUCUGAACCACAGAAUGUAAAUAUAAAAUAUGAAAUAUAAAUGUUUGUUCGGUUUGUCGGUCCAUAUGCAAAUAAUGGUUUUAUGUUACGUAACAAUGCAACCCUGUUGUCGUGGCCGAGUGGUUAAGGCGAUGGACUAGAAAUCCAUUGGGGUCUCCCCGCGCAGGUUCGAAUCCUGCCGACAACGGACUUUUUCUUUGCAUAUUUCCGAUUUAAAAACUUUAUUUAUGCUUUUUAUUUGUUGCUUUUUUAUAUCUUUGUAUAAACAUCUGAUCCAACGUUCUUCACGAAUAAAAACAAGAAAACUUAA